GUGCUGGAUCCGAAAGUGAGAUUGAAAGUGAUUACGAGCCUGCGCCAGCAGAGAGAAGCUCAUCUCAGGAGCGUAAGAGAAGAAGGGUCGAUGAUGAUGAUGAGGAUGAUAAUGAUGAUGAUGAUGAAGACGACUACGAUCCUGAAGCGGCGUUUGCAUCGGAGAAUGAGGAUGAGGAAGACUUUGAGGAGGUGAAUCCUUAUCCCUUGGAAGGGAAGUAUAAGAACGAACAGGAUAAGCUGGAGUUGGAGGAGAUGCCAGAAGUCGAGAGAGAAUCGGUGUUGUUUGAGCGUUCACAAGAGUUACAAAUGUACCAGGAACGUAAGCUCCUUGCACAGAGAUCACACCAGAACAAGAGACAACUUGAGAGGUCGUCAAGAUCGCAGAAGGUGAAGGAGUCUGCACGGUCUUUGAAAACGUCCAAGUUGUCAGAGUUGAAGAAGCAGAGAGAGAAGAAGCACAGAAGAGAGCGUGACGACUAUGAAAGUGAGAGUGAGGAAGAGGAGGACCCGUAUGAGUUUGGUGAUGAAGAUGACGAUGAGGAUGGUUACGAGCCGGAUUUCCAGUCCUAUGACGAUCAGGAGGUGCAGUGGGCUACACGCCAGACACGGAAACCAGUGGCCGUUAACGAUAUAAAUACUAUCAAGACCAGUCGUUCAGUUGCUGAGAAAUUCUGCUUCUAUCCUGGAUUUGAAGACGCUGUUAUUGGGACUUAUGGUAAGGUACGUAUCUCCCCAACAGCGUACAGAAUGGUGAGAAUUGAAGGUGUGGUACAAGGUAAGCCAUACCAAUUGAACGAUCAAAAGGUUAUGACAAACCAAUACUUCCAACUUUAUCAGCCUGGUAUGCCGAAAAAGAACUUCCCAAUGAACAGGCUCAGCGACGAACCGAUCACACAACAGGAAUUUGACAAAUGGAAAGAGUACAUUGAUAGGGCCAAGGCUGAAGGCAAGUCUGUUUCGGCUCCAACGAUUAGCGAGGUCGAACGUAAAUAUGCGGAGUUGAAGCAAUUUGGUAACCUCAAACUUGAUGGUGAAACCUUUAAGCAAUACAUGGAGAACAGAAAAAGAUUCAACAACACAGUUGCAGAGAGUGACGUUCUUGGAACUAAGUUGAAAUUGAAACAGAAAUUAAGCAUUGCACAACUACAGGGAAAUUCUAACGAAGUGAAAAGACUCUCGAAGGAAUUGGGUGAAAUAGAGAAGACCUUCAAUAAGAUCUCUAACACAAAGAUUGAGUCGGCACCUCUCGCUGCGAUUAUAUCUGAAAAGAAUAGAAGAUUGAACAUUGAACGUGUCAGAAAUGCAGAGCUUAAGGACUUUGAAAAGAGACGUACCACGACACAACUCAACAGUGAUCCAUUUGCCAGAUUGACUACAAAGGCAAGAAUGUAUUAUAGUGAAGCUAAUAAGGAGGAAACGGAGAAGGCCAAGAAGGAUGCUGAACAGCAAGCCGUUGCGAAUGCCGAUAAAAAGAAGAAAGAACAGGAGUCAUUACACACUGCCAAAUACAGAACCCUGGGACACUUGGACAAGAUGAUCUCCUCCAUCGAUUUCAAAUUUGACAUUGAGCUUUAAGAAAAGGUAUAGUAUGGGUAUGUUUUUUUAUUUUCUUCUUGAAUUGUACUUUCUUACAUUGGUUGUAAGAGAAACAUGCAAAAUGAGCACAUAUUUGUAAGAACGUU